GCCUGAAUGAAAAAAAAGAAAAAAAAGAGAGAGAAAUACUGAAGAUUGUAUUAUUCACUAGGUACCCUCUCUAUCUGUACCCAUUCCAGACCGAAUUCUGCCCUUUCCUGGACAUGCAUCCAUCGAGCAGCCCCUUCAAACGUCAUUGAGGUGCAAGACCCGCACUAACCUGAUUAGGCCAACAGUGCAGGGUUGUUUCUGGCCAGCUUGACCCUUGCGAGUCGGAGCAUGGCGGUCGCCCAGAAUUGCCGGCCAAAACCGACAACUGAGCUGGGCUUUUCCUCCUCCCCAGCACACUGGCCAUCUUGGAGCUGGCCGAUAGAGCGCCUGCCGCCUUUCUUUCUCGUUACCCCGCCUCUUUUCUUUCCAUUCUACUAGCGACGCCGAUCGACCUGGCGUCUGACGUGGUGUCGUCGCCAUGCGCCUCUCGGGCGGCACCUCGAGGAGCUGGACGGCCUCGCUCUGCCUCCUCUCCACCCUGACCUGCCUGUUCACCCCAGCUGUCAUGGUCAAAGAACACGACUUCAAAAAGUGCGAACAGUCGGGUUUCUGCAAACGCAACCGCGCCUACGCCGACACUGCCAUUGGUGCUGGAUCAUCAUGGGAAGCUCCCUACAAAGUGCUGGCCGACUCGGUCGCCUUCAAAGAUGGCCGCCUCGAGGCCAUCAUCCACAAGACGGUUGACCAGGACGGCAAGACGGUGCGCCUGCCCCUGACCGUCUCCUUCCUCAAGUCGGGCACCGCCAGGGUCACCGUCGACGAAGAGAGGCGCCUAAACAAGGACAUCGACCUCCGCCACAGCAGCACUGCCCGCAAGGAACGUUACAGCGAGGCCGAGAAUUUUGCCAUCGUCGGCGGGCUCGAGGUCGACGCCGCCGCCAAGGUCGCCUCAGAGGACAAGGGCCAGAUCACCAUCAAGUACGGACCCGACGCCAAAUUCGAGGCCUUCAUCAAGUUCGCCCCCUUCGGUAUCGACUUCAGGCGCGACGGCAACAGCCAGAUCAAGUUCAACGACCGCGGCCUGCUCAACAUGGAGCAUUGGCGGCCCAAGGUCGAAAAGGCCGAACAGCCUGCCGAGGGCUCUGAGGAGACCAAAGAGGGCGAGCAAAAGAAGGAAGAGGAGGAGCAGAAGCCCCAGGGCGAGGACGAGAGCACAUGGUGGGAGGAAACUUUCGGUGGCAACACCGACACCAAGCCUCGCGGCCCUGAGAGUAUCGCUAUGGACAUCUCCUUCGUUGGAUACGAGCACGUCUUUGGUAUCCCCUCGCACGCUGGCCCGCUUUCGCUCAAGGAGACACGCGGCGGUGAGGGCAACUACGAGGAGCCGUACCGGUUCUACAAUCUCGACGUGUUCGAGUACAUUCUCGACAGCCCCAUGAGCCUGUACGGCGCCAUCCCCUUCAUGCAGGCCCACCGCAAGGACUCGACCGUCGGCGUCUUCUGGCUCAACGCCGCCGAGACGUGGAUCGACAUCGUCAAGGCCAAGGCGGGAAAUAACCCGCUCGCUCUUGGCCUGGGCUCCAAGAAGAAUACGCAGACCCACUGGAUCUCGGAGAGUGGCCUGCUGGACGUCUUUGUCUUCCUGGGCCCUACGCCCCGUGACGUAGUCCAGAAGUACGGCGAGCUCACGGGAUUCACGGCCAUGCCACAGGAGUUCUCGAUCGGCUACCACCAGUGCCGCUGGAAUUACGUCUCGGACGACGACGUCAAGGAUGUAGACCGGAAGAUGGAUAAGUUCCACAUCCCCUACGACGUCAUCUGGCUGGACAUCGAGUACACGGAUGGCAAGAAGUACUUUACGUGGGACAAGGACAUGUUUAAGGACCCGGCCGCCAUGUGCAAGCACCUCGAUGCCCACGGCCGGAAGCUCGUCACCAUCAUCGACCCGCACAUCAAGAACGAGGCCGGCUACCGGGUUGUUGAAGAGCUCAAGUCCAAGGACCUGGCGGUCAAGACCAAGGACGGGAGCAUCUUUGAGGGCUGGUGCUGGCCCGGGUCGUCGCACUACAUUGACGCCUUCAACCCCAAGGCGGUGGACUGGUGGAAGGAGCAGUUCAAGUACUCGUCGUUUGAGGGCACGGCCGAGAACACGUUCAUCUGGAACGACAUGAACGAGCCCUCCGUCUUCAACGGACCCGAGGUGUCGAUGCCCAAGGACAACCUGCACCACGGUGGCUGGGAGCACCGCGAUAUUCACAACCUGAACGGCAUGACGUUCCACAACGCCACGUACCAGGCCCUGCUUAGCCGCAAGGCCGGCGAGCUGCGGCGCCCGUUUGUUCUGACGCGCUCCUUCUUCGCCGGAUCGCAGCGACUCGGUGCCAUGUGGACCGGCGACAACCAGGCCUCGUGGGAGCAUCUGGGAGCUUCGGCUUCCAUGCUUCUCUCGCAGGGCAUUGCUGGAUUCCCCUUCUCGGGGGCUGACGUCGGGGGUUUCUUUGGUAACCCGGACAUGGACCUGCUCACGCGCUGGUACCAGGCCGGCGCAUUCUACCCCUUCUUCCGCGGCCACGCGCACAUUGACGCACGGCGCCGCGAGCCCUACCUGGCCGGAGACCCGUACACCCCAAUCAUCACGGCGGCGCUGCGCCUGCGCUACAGCCUCCUCCCCUCGUGGUACACGGCCUUCCGCCAGGCCCAUAUCGAGGGCGUGCCCAUCAUCCGGCCCAUGUUCUACACCAACCCCACCGAGGAGAGCGGAUUCGCGGUCGAUGACCAGUUCUUUGUCGGUGAGACAGGACUGCUGCACAAGCCCGUGGUGGAGAAGGACAAGGAGUCGGUCGAUAUGUACAUCCCCGAUGACGAGGUCUACUACGACUACUUCACGUACGAUGUGCCGCAGACUCACAAGGGAAAAAAGACGACACUGGCGGCCCCGCUCGACAAGAUCCCGCUCCUGAUGCGUGGUGGUCACGUUUUUGCUCGCAGGGACAUCCCCCGGCGUUCUAGCGCCCUGAUGCGUUUCGACCCGUACACACUAGUGAUCACCUACCCCAAGGCCGGCGGCCGCGCCGAGGGAAUCCUGUAUGUGGACGACGGCGACUCGUUUGACUACGAGCAGGGACAGUACGUGCACAGGCGGUUCGCUCUCGAGGGGGCGACGCUGAGAUCGGCCGAUGCCGAGGGCCGCGACGCCGAGACGUUGAGCAAGAUCAAGCCGGGGGCGUGGCUCAAGGCCUUUGGCGACGUGGCUGUCGACAAGAUCAUUGUCGUUGGGCUGCCGGCCAAGCAGGUGGCCAAGAAGCAGGCUACCCUCGAGUCUGCGACAGGGGAGAAGACUACUGUGGCGAUCGAGUACACGCCAGCGGCGGGUACCAAGGCAGGCUACGCUGUGGUGCGCGGCGUCGGUGCCAAGGUGGCCCAGGACUGGAAGAUCACUUUUGCCUAGAAAAGUCACGUCUCGAAAGCAUGUAAAAGGUAUUGUGGGAUUUCACUGCCAGUACCAGAAGUCCCGACAGGCGAUUAGGAUACAAGAGAAAUCAAUGUUUGAACUUUAUCCUGGCAUAUAAUAAAUACGCCCUGAACACUG